AUGGAAACUCCGAUGAAAAAACCUGUUGCCAUCAUAUCAUCCGAAAGAGACAAUUUUGACAAACUCAUUAAAGAAAAUAAAGCGCUUAAACAAAAAGUCGAUGCAUUAGAGAAAGAAAACAUGUUACUCAAAAAAUCCAUCUAUGAUUUAUCAGUUAAAUAUACGGAGGCUGCACAUCACCAAAGAGUUAGGCCAUUCGUCAUUGACUUUGAAGAACCGGUACCCGUGCAAGAUAGUGGAAAGGAAAUAAUCGAUAACUUGGAUAAUUCAUCAGAUACUUUAAUAGUGGCAGGGAAUAAUUUGCGUGAAAAAAAUCGGGAAAGAAGGAUCUUUCAUUCAAAAACAGAAUUCAAGGGCCAUAAUGGCGCUGUGUAUGCAAUCCAAUUUUCACCGUGCGGGAAGAUGCUUGCUUCCGGAUCGUUUGACAAGACAGUGCGAAUAUGGGACACAAUAUCUUUACAGAAAGAGCAAGCUUGUUUAAAAGGACAUACUCUUAAUGUAUCAGAUGUAUGUUGGUCAAAUGAUUCUACCGUUUUAUUAUCUGGAGCAUAUGAUCAAACCUGCAAAUUAUGGGACAUUGAAACAAAUAGGUAUACAAAUUCAUUUGAGAGUGAAGGGUUUGUUCAAUGCGUGAUGUUUAAUCCGCAAGAUAAUAAUAUAUUCGCCUACGGAACUUCGCGCAAAAUUUUCUCAGUAGUUGAUACGCGGAAACCUGAUAAUGCGUUGAACUUGAAGGGUGAUGGAAUGAUAAAUUCACUUUAUGUUUGCCGGGAUGGUCAAAGCGUGGUCACUGGCGAUUCCUUGGGUUAUGUGAAGACAUGGGAUCUUCGAGCCGGAUCUGCAUCCCAAUCAUUCCUUAACGAACCAACCAAGAAACCCAUAUCACAUGUAGCAUUUUCGCAGAAAAGUCCUAAUGACGAGGAAGAACCUCGAUAUAUGGCUGUCAACAGCUACGAUAAUGUUAUAAGAAUAUAUGAUCGUGGGAUCGAACCUCAUAAAGCUCAGCCACGAUUGAUUCACGUUUUGAAGGGUUACAAAAACAAGGGUUGGCCCAUCAAAAGUUCCUUUUUCCUUGGAAGAGAAUAUCUAUAUUCAGCAACACAAAGGGCGACGCAAAUCAAAGACAUUUUUAAUGGCGAGGAAUUACAAACCGAUUCCGCUGAUAGCGUCGUUUAUGAAAAAGACAAACCAUUAGAAGCAAGCUUGUUGUUUGCAACAGGAAGCGCAGAUCCAUAUUCAUAUAUAUUUAAUGUCGGAGGUCCCGAAAACACCGGAGAACUGCUGCAGCGAUUGGAAGGACAUACCGAUUUCGUUUAUGCGGUGGACUUUCAUCCCGUGGAACCAAUAUUGGCUACUUGUUCUGCAGAUUACACAAUAAGAGUAUGGGCACCUAAUUCUAGAAGCAAAAAAGAAAAAAUUAUGACCUUUAGUUGA